UCCAACGAAGGAGUCAGUCAAUAUUUUGCCGUUUCACGCCACGUUCGAUUUUAAUCCUGUUUGUCUAAUUCGUUGACAUGAUCGUAGUUUGUGAUGAGCUUUAAGUGUUACACGCAAUCACGCACAAUUCAGAUUUGUAGGCAGUACUGAGUGGAACAGAGAAAGACGGCUAUCUAAUAUGCAGAGGCCUAGUGUGUGAAGUAUUCUGAGCAACUGAAAAUAGUUAUAAAAUGGUGUUAGUAUCAGUAGAUGCUUAAUUCUGCGUGAACUCACUCAACACAGAAGAAAGCCAAUCCUUCUUCAUCGUUAAUUAGAUGCCAGGUUAAUGAAUAUACUGUACAUUAAAGUAGAUAACUAAGGUGCCUGAGUUCUUUGACCAAUGUACUGCCUUCAGUUAAACACAUGCAGUUUUGUCAAUAUUAGUUAAAGGAAGUGAAUACUUAACCCCGAUUACUCAAUAGUUUCACCUUUUGUUUUCUUGUUUUUUAUAGUGUAAAUAUUUUGAUAUGAAAUCAUAUUGACGUUAACAUUUUGUCUUAUCUACAAUUUUCAAGAUGUCAAAGUUAAUUUAGCUUACAUGUGCCAUCAAAGAUCAUGCGGAUAAUAUUGCUUCCUUUCUAUUUAUGUUGUUAUUUGUACUGAUGUCAAUUACAAUAUCGCCAAUGAAAAGGCACGUUGCCAGAUAGUAUAUUUUCCAAGUAUUUUCCCCGAAAACUAAAAAGAUCUCCGCAUAGUCAGAUCUUAGGUGAAGGAUGUUUGUGAGCGAGAGCAGCCGUUCACUUCACACUGACUGAUGUUCCAGAUCCCACUGAAUGAGGUUGGAAGACGAAUUCCAGGAAAGUAAACAAGAAUAUAUGAUGACGGAAUGAACAAGAGAUCCUCGAUAACUGUAGAGGGAGACAGUUAUCCCUACGUCGCAAGGUCAUAAUGGAAUCGCACUCAUGUUCUGAUGCUCAACUGUUGCUGGAUGUGUUUCUGAAAAUGAGUGUUUGGUUUUGUUCUUGAUAAUUCUUUGAUUACGAGAGACUUAUUAUAUUAUUUUAUGUUAUUUAUACAGCAUGCUAACCAGUAGUUCCUGCACUAGUAGCCUGAUAUGAAUUGCAACUUACUACAUAACAGUUGACACGUAAUGAAACCAGGUCAUGAAGAGUGCAGCAAAUAUCCGUUCACAAAAUAAAGCAACAUGUUUUCCAUGAGACGAAAUUUCCGAAAACCCAUUGUACUGGCUUUUCUUUUCGUGUUUCUUUGGAUGUUUGUUAUUCAUGACGAUGAAUACCUUGAAGAGGAACGCGAAGACCAAGAGCCUCCUAUCAGAAGUGUCCAAAAGAUUAACACCUCUCCUCGGGACAUUCAGAGGCGCAGAAAUGUGGAAGACGUUAUAUUUGGUCAAGGUAUCCUGAUAGCACGGUCGAUUAGCACGGUGCCGCAGGGUAAUAGUGAAUUAGUUCCAGGGUCUGGAAGUGACGUCAGUUCAAGGACGAAAACGAGUGAUGCUAGGUUACUCCGGAAUGGCGAGAGUGAUAAAGUUGAGUUUCAUGAAAAAGGGCCAAAGGGAGCAGUGAACUUGGUGAGAGUAAACGAAAACAGUGAUCAAGAUAUCCUGGAAGCUGAAGACUAUCCUGUCAGAUAUAAAAAUUCAAUAGAUGAGCCGCAAAGACUGGAAGGUGGUAACCCACCUACCGUGAGGGAAAACGACAGCUAUUCAAAGGGCACAUUCAAGGAAGCCCAUGGUGGUAGAUUUCCUCCUGCGUGGAUGCGCAUUACAGAUGAUAUUUCCACCUACAGUGCCUUCUGGGAUGACCGGGAACAGUUGAAUGAAGGUCCCGUGGCUCGCAUCUUGGGUGCCCUGAGACUGAAGAGCGAUAUCAUGCACGAAGAGAAUAAGUUCUUGUGGAAAGGAACCGUCAAAGAGGAACGCUUGAACUGCACGUGCUUAUUGUGGUACAGGGGUAAAAGAGAGGCUCAUGAGGGAAUUCUGAAAGCUCAUGUUUUCGAUGAAGGACGAAAGGUCUUUGGUGGUACGUUCUUCCUAUGUUACCCACAAGGAGCCAACAAUACGGAGAAAGGUCAAGUAGACUCAAAAGGAACAAAUGUGAGAGCGAUUGAAACAAGACCUUAUGCUGUUUCACUACAUCCUCACGAUACAGUUGAUGCUCCUCAUAAGCUCAUUUAUCUCAAUCACAACUCAGUAAGCAAUGCUUAUCACCCUGUGAAAGAUAACAGCUCAGCUGUGUGUGUUCGAGCGCUGUUUGGACCUUAUGACGAUGUUAGUGGAAUUGCGCAAUUUGUGUCUUAUUACAAUUCUGUCUUGAACGUGUCUCAUUUUUAUUUUUACGACUUGGCCGUUGCCCCCCAAGUAUACGAGCUUAUAGAAUCGUAUAGAGGUUUGGGUCUUGCAUUUGAAAUGUUUCCGUGGAACCUUCCCACAAGCGAAUGGGGAGAGCUGUGGGACAUGGGAUCUCUCAUAUCCCUGAACGAUUGUGUGUACAGAAGCUCUGGUAAGCAUGCUUUCGUUGCAAUUGUGGAUCUCGAUGAGUUUAUUGUACCAAAGAAGGCCUUCCAUGGUCUAGCGGAGCUCUACAGAAACGUUCUGAAUUUCAGAAGGGGUAACCAUGGUGAUGCCGUUUUAUUUUCAAAUGUAUUCUUCUGUUUAGACUUCAAGGAAUCCAGGAGUUCGUCCUCGAAGAAAAACGAAAGCUUUCCCAUUUUCGAAUACACAAGAAGAGAAUCUCGGCUGUGGCCUCCCAAAACCCGCUCGAAAAUGCUUGUAGUCCCAGAGGCUGUAGUGACUGUUGGACAUCACAUGGUCCACGGUUUCGUGUCGAAGACCCUCACGAACAGGAGCUCAUCGAAGCUCUUUGCAGUACUGCAUCACUACAGGGUGUGUGAAGAUAUCCGGCUGGGGAUGUUUAGUACUGGCAAGGAGGUACUCGGUCAGUCCACCGUGAGGGACCUUUCAAUGCUGCAAUACAAAAAAGUGACAAUGAACUCAAAAACCAUGAAAUUGUUCAAAAAAUGUAUUGAAGGGCUCGUAACAGGUAAUUCCUAGUCAUAAUUAAUCGGUAUUGCUGACUAAUGCAGCAACAGUGAUUGAUGCAUCACGGUGUGUGCUGAUUUCUGUGCAGUUUGCAAAUUCUGGACAAUCUGUUGUCACAGGGAACCCAGAGACAAUUUUGUAAAGAAUUCACAAAAAGACCAGUUUUGUUAGUGUCAAGAUUAAUCAGAUAGUUUUUGUUAAUGAAAUAAAGGUGUGUACCUUUUUAUGACUCAAAAUAAAACACCUCAAAGAAAAUGUCUUUAUGAAGGGAAUAUGAUCGUGAACAUUGUAACUCCAUCCCAGAUUAACCAAUUCAUCUCGAGUAACACCGAGUUAGUUUUUUCAGACCGCAGUACGAUGUAAAAGUAGGGUGGAGUGGGUAGUGUCGUGGUAUGCCACUCAGAUGUCACGGAUUUGCGUCUCCCCUAGGUCGUUGAAAAAUCACUGGCUCUGUAUCGUGAUCAGUUACAGGUUGCAAUGUGGCGUCUGCGGUGGAAGGUUGAAACCAUCGUUCUAUGGAAGCUUGAAUUGAAUCCAAGUCAAUGGCCCCUGUGCUUGUUCCAUGUGGAUAGUUUUCAUCUGCUGAAAUAAUUUAAUAAUAAUAAUAAUUUUGUAGUCAUCUCUGUAAGAAUUUGUAAGGGUUUGCAUUGAAUUUCCUCCAUUGAAGCAGAUGUGUUUUCUACACGUAGAAAGUUUUUAUUUGUUUCAAGUGCAAGUUUAUAUUUGCUCAACGGUGUGAGUGAAUUUCUUGAGAAGUUUGACAGGAAUCCAGAUUAAAAUCUCCUUUCAAAUUAUAGCAGUGAAUCAUGAAGUAAUCGAAUAUAUUUUCCUUCAGUGGCAUGUAAAUGCUUUCAUGGCUUGCUCUCUCUCUCUCUCUCUCUCUCUCUCUCUCUCUCUCUCUCUCU